AUGCCUAGAUCACACUGCACAAAGGAUAUUCAGAAGAAUAUCAACUGUUGCACUUCUGCUGCACUGCCCACCAGCUCUCCUGCCACCAGCUUUACUGAGCUCCAGCCACUGAUGGCGCACCCUGACCUGCCGCCUGAGCAUGACAACUCCCAGGAGGACACGAAGGAGAAGGACCCCGUGCAGCUGGCAGGACCCACAACCCUGCAGAAGGCCAGGGCCCGCUUUUUCAAGGGAGUCUCCUACUUCUCUGGGGACAUGGAAGUGUUCGGAAAAUGGAUGGAAAAACAGUUCCUUUUGCUGCAGCUGCUGGACUGGGUUUUACGUGGAGCUGCCCAAGUGAUGUUUGUCAACAACCCUCUGAGUGGCCUCGUCAUUUUUGCCGGCCUCAUCCUGCAGAACUACUGGUGGGCCCUGUGCGGCUUUGUGGGCACACUUUUUGCUACCAUUUCUGCCCUCAUUCUGCAACAGAACAGGGGUGCAAUAGCUGCAGGGCUGUAUGGUUACAACGGCAUCCUGGUGGGUCUGCUGAUGGCCGUGUUCUCCAAUGCAGGAGACUGGUACUGGUGGCUUCUGCUACCCAACAUCUUCAUGUCCAUGAUGUGCCCGAUUGUGUCCAGUGCCCUGGCAUCUAUUAACAGUCGCUGGGAUCUGCCAGUGUUCACCCUGCCCUUCAACAUCCUGGUGUGUCUCCACAUGGUCGCCACCGGCCACUACAACUACCACUUCCCCCAAGUCCUCAUUCAGCCUCGCUCUGGGCUGCCAAACAUCACCUGGGCUGAAAUCAAUGUACCCAAGCUGUUCAUGUCAGUGCCUGUGGGAAUAGGCCAAGUCUACGGCUGUGACAACCCUUGGACAGGAGGAAUCUUUAUCAUCUCGCUCUUCAUCUCUUCACCCAUCACCUGUGCUCACGCUGUGUUGGGAUCUGCAGUGGGCAUGGUUACAGGUCUGGCUCUGGCAGCUCCUUUUGGAGACAUCUACUUUGGCCUCUGGGGAUAUAACUGUGUGUUAGCCUGCAUCGCCAUUGGAGGAAUGUUUUACGCUCUCACCUGGCAGGUGCACCUGCUUGCGAUUACAUGUGCUUUUUUCUGUGCAUACCUUGGCUCUGCCAUUGCCAAUAUCAUGUCCAGGUUUGGUCUGCCAGCCUGCACCUGGCCUUUCUGUCUCUCUGCCCUCACCUUCCUCCUCUUAACCACGGGGACCAAUAAGAUCUUCAAACUCCCGCUGGCCAAAGUCACUUACCCUGAGAAAAACCUGGGCUUCUUCUGGAAGAUGAAGAAGCAGGAGAAAAUGGAGAAGGCUGAGAAAGACCGGAAAGGGAGGGAGGAGCAUCAGAAAGCCAUCGAAGAUGAAGUGAUACUAAAUGAGAAAGAACAACUGAGGCUUGAGCUUGAAAGAAUGAAGGAAGGGAGAGUAGCAAGUGAGGCAUCAGAGGGUAAAAAUGAUGAGACACGUGGAGUAGAACAACGGGGCACAGAAGAAGAAGAAAUCAGACACAAUGAUCUAACCGAGGUCACUUUUGCUGAUUAUAUUGUGUAA